CUUGCAUAUCCUCUUAACUUUGCGAUUGAAAUUCACCUAGAACCCCGAAAGAAGUCGCUUUAGAUUCCUGUCCACACGUGGAGUUUCAUCGGCGAUCCAUUCUACACCGUUAAUCGUUCAUGACAAGAUAGUAAUCUUCCGAAUUUGUGAGGGGCCAUAACCCUUAGUUACAGUCAUAAAUCGAGCCCAACUUUUACUACUCCGAAUCGACCGAUUGCGACCCGUAUUCGAUCGCCCUGCGGUUAAUAGGCUUAGAAAUUAGAGCAUUGUAUUUGAGAAUACCGUGUACGAAGACUUUUACUAUGAAACAGAAAGAGCGGUUUUAAUUUUAGACCUCGCAUUCGACAUUUUGGGUUUCGGCUUGGGAUUCUGUACAGUAUUCGGUUAACGUUCCUGAUCUCGCGGAGGUGUAACAUAAACGAAGGCAACGCUUUCGAACGAUUUCUCCCCACCAUCUUGUGUCAGGUCAUAGACACUCUACCUUCAUCAUGGCGACUGCUCUACCUAAACCUCGUUCUGCGAACGGUGCGCUAGCUAGCAAUCUCCCCGCCCUUCCUAUCGCGAAGACGCGAAAGAGCACUGGUGGUCUAGCAGCCCCCAGUACACCAAGGAGUGGGCUCCGAGCGCCUUCGGCAAACUAUCCAGGCCCUCCCCCAUCUCCUGCACCGACAACGGCGCUUCCAGUUCCCAAAAGCAGCCAUGGUAUCAAUGGCGCCGGAAAAACCAUUAGGAAAACAGUCAGCAUCAACUCAUUUCCCCAGCCACCAAGUCGUGUUGCGAGUCUCCCCCCGAGUCCAUUGUCUGGGGCGGUGACUCCUGCGAGGAAAUCACGUACGCCCCAACCAACAUCUAAAAUGGCUCACGUCGGUAGCGGUGUGCCGAGUUUGCUAAAUGGGAGUGGGGAGGGAAAAUCACUUCUAGGUGGAGCCGGUGCGAGGAAUUCGGAUGGGCUUAUUAGCGUUUCGUCCCCUCCACAGAGUCGAAGUUCCUCUGCGCAAGACUCGUAUUCUACAUCGGCAACGACUUACGACGACCCGGCUGACGGAACGGGAACUUUGACCAGCGAUAAGCGUGCUUCUAAAGGGAUGGAGGGCAAGGGAAACGUAGUUGUUAGUGUCAGGGUUAGGCCGGAUGCAGGAGGUAAUGGUAAUGGUAAACCGGAAGGCGAAUGGAUGGUAGAUGGCCGCAAAUCUUUAGUCGCGUACCGCGGCCGCGAAGGAGGCGAUUACUAUUACGAUAAUGUCUUCACGACGCACGACGACAAUAGUCGAGUCUAUGACCACAUCGCUAAACGCCUAGUUCGCCGGGUUAUGGAAGGUUACCACGGUACUGUGUUUGCAUACGGUAUGACGGGUACUGGAAAGACGUUCUCGAUGCAGGGAACUGCCUCAUCUCCCGGUGUUAUCCCACUCGCUAUAACAGAUAUUUUCUCGUACAUUCGCGAGACUCCCUCGAGAGAAUUCCUGCUUCGUGUCAGCUACCUCGAAAUUUACAACGAGAAAAUCCACGACCUUCUAAGUAUGGCUAGCAGCAAUGGUGUUGGAAUGGCCAACCAAGAGGAGAUUAAGUUGAGGGAGGACAGCAAGCGGGGUGUCUAUGCCACUCCUUUAAAAGAGGAGAUUGUCCAAAGCCCUACGCAGCUCCUACGAGUAAUUGCUCGUGGUGAUCAAGCUCGCAGGACAGCAAGCACGCAAUUCAACGCCAGGAGUUCUCGUAGUCACGCGGUUGUACAGAUCGUUGUCGAGAGUAGAGAGCGUAUACCAGGUGGCACUAGUGGAGAAAGCAAGCGUUCAGGAUUGCCGCCUGGUGGUGUUCGUGUGUCCACGCUGAGCUUGAUUGAUUUGGCAGGUUCUGAAAAGGCCGCCGAGUCUAAGGAGCGCCGUACCGAGGGUUCUCAUAUCAACAAAAGUUUGCUUACCCUAGGAACGGUUAUAUCUAAGCUUUCAGAGCACAAAGACAAGGACAGCAAGAAUGCCGACAAAGACGGGAAACACUUACCUUACCGAGACAGCAAGCUAACCAGACUCCUUCAAGGAGCACUUUCUGGGGGCUCAUUAGUGAGUAUUUUGUGCACGAUUCAGACUGGUUCCGCCAACAGCGCGGCUUCUGCAAACAGCCACGCAACUGAAACAAUAAACACGCUCAAGUUUGCUUCAAGAGCCAAGAACAACAUUGUUAGUCAUGCCAAACGAGCUGAAGAAGCACUUGGGGCAGGAGGAGAAGGUGGCGCCAGAGUGCUUUUGGAACGUUAUCGAAUGGAAAUUCUCGAACUCAGGAAUCAACUUGAUACCCAGGCCAAAUCGAAUACCAACAAAGCCGAGGAAGAGGAGAAAGCCAAGGAUGAAGAAGAGGAGCGUGCUCGGGAAAAAGAAGCGGAAGCAAGGCACGAGGAACAAAUGUUGGAGAUGCAACUUGCGCGUACGGCGUUGAAAGAACGUAUCGACCAUUUGAACCGACUAAUCCUUAGCUCGAAAUCUACGGGAGUUAAUACUGGCGGAACAUAUAGUGCGCUAGGGAUGCACUCUAGGUUUUCUCAAGCGUCUGUUCGGACAUCUGUCGCUACAUCAAAUAGUGGCCGACCGAUUCUAGAAAGAACCGGCUCUAUGGGAUCCUCAUCAUCCACCAUCGGCCGAAGAUCGAUCGACCCGAGGCCCUCGAGCAUGGGGGGAGAACAAGCAUCAAAUGACGAAGAAGAUAGCUUGGGAGAAUACGGUGAUGGUACGGCGUCUUUACAAGCCCAGAACCAGUCGUUACAGGCGGAUCUCGCCGAUAAGAACCGAUAUAUCGCCACCCUUGAGAAACGCCUAUUACAAGCUCGACGUGCUAGCUCCUCGCGAACUUCGGGUGGUUUCUCGGCGCCGAAUAAGGGCAUAAUGGUUGGGGAAGACCAUAGUGUUUCCACCAUCCUAAAGGAGAAGGACGCUGAAAUUGCUGAAUUGAGGGCCAGACUCGACGACAAGGACCGAAUGUUGACAGCUCUACGGAGCGCGGCCCGUUCGAGAGAUGCCGCUGAAGGUAUCGAUACCUCAAGGAGCGAGACCCGAGCAUCACUCUUAUAUGAACAGGCAGCAAGUCCGCCUCCCUCGGGAGCUCUUCCUGAUCCACCAGUAUCUGCCUCCAAAGGUCAUUCACCUAUUCAGAAACGAACUAAGAGUGUUGAUGAGAUGAGUCGUAUCUUAGACGAAAUGAUUCAAGACCGAGUCGAGGCAGGCCACAUCGUCAGGGGCGAUCGUGGCAGCGUUCGAGUUGCCAACGACCGCAAACGCGAGACGUUGGCUGAACAGAACAAUGCAGAGCUCGAGCCACUGCGAAGAAGUCCGCCAGUAUUAAACGAGUCCAAGCAAGUCGUUCUGGAGGCGUAGAUAUCCCCAUGUGCGAUUCAAGAAGCAGCAUCCAUCAUAUUUGCGAAUUAACGAGGCGUUCCGGUUAGGCUCUGCUUCUGCCGUUUGUGUUUUAUACCCUAUCAAAUCCGUCUGUUUGCUACGCCGAUGGGCCUGUGGAACGUGAAUGUCCUGACGAAGAGAAGGAAGGAAGUUGACGGGUCAU